AGCUAUUUUCAGCUUACUGAACUGACUUGUACAGGUUUGGUCCGCUCAAACCCAUAGCUGACCAUUUUCAGUCGCACUCCACGUGCGCGCAGUGAGCAUGUGGAGUUUGCGGACAUUCCGUUUUGUUGUGUUGUGCCAAUGCGCACUUUUGCCUUUCGGCUCUCGAUUGGAGGAUGUGGAUGAGCUGGAAGCACAGGAGAUCUUGGUACUUCAGCAGUCUCUACUGCAGUCCUCCUUGCUCAGGAGCAGGCUCUCCAUAUCCCCGGACGACAAAGAGAAAAGAUUUGCUCUGGAUGAAGUUCGAAAAGCUUGGUACAUUCACGAGAUCAAGGAACGACUAGACUUGGGCGAUGUGAAAGAGGACUUGCUCAGUCAGCUUAGCUCGCUGCAGAAGCAAUGCCCCGAUGCCGAGGAGAUUAAAGCUCAAAUGGCAGAUAUCUGGGAAGAGGUGGGUCGAUGGGUGAAGGCCGAGGACCUGCGCCUCGCCAUGGAGCGAGAAGCCCAGAGCAUCGAGAGCCUCAAGGCCCGAAUGAACUUAGAUGUGGAAGGUACCAAGAACAAAAUUAAAGAGUUACAGAUGCAGUGUGAGAAUGUAAGCAAAGCCUUCACCAAGGACCAAGAAAGCAGGCUGUUCGAAAUCGUGAACGUGGCAGCACGCUUGCAAGAGCUCAAAAAGCUCAUCUCCAAUGCGGUCCAUUCCGAUGACGUCCGCGUGUGGCAGGAGCAGUAUGAUCCGCUCCAGAAAGCGUACAAGGAACUCACCAAAGACUUGAAUGAUAGUCAGCUGCAGCAGGCCUUCCAAUUUGUGACUCUCAAGCAGGAUAUUGAGACAAAUGAGGAGCAGAUCUCCAAGGAGCACAUCGAGGGUGAAUUGAAGAAAUGGACUGAAGUCCCACAGUACAGAUACAAUGCACUGCAAAGGCAGUUGGCCAAACUCAAGCAGGAUCUGGAUGUCAACAGCAUUGAAAGUCAGAUCAUGGCAAUCUGGUACAAGUCCUUGCAUGACUUGCCGGACAUGGCUGACUUGCGAAAUGCUUCGAGCCCAUGAGGCGCCACUCGGCAGGUGCGGUGCAACUCGGAAGUCGGUGUGUCUUCGCUUCGCAGGAAGUCGGAAGUCGUGUCCUGCAAAGACUCUGAAACCACGAAAGGUGGCCAGUUGGCUGGUUGGCGCAGGUUCUUGCGUGGGAUGCGCAUCCAUUUUGGAUGAUCCAGAACGGCCAGGCAGAGCAUGGCAGACCGGUUGGUGGAGAUCAGAGUGAGUUCCCAGGCCAUCCGCAACAUUGAGGUUCCAUUCAACUGCUCUUGAAAUUGCAAUUUAGUUUCCAAGAGGCAACAAAGUUUUACUUUUCCCUUGAUGGAAAAGUCCAAACCAACCAAGAGAUUGUUGGUGUGUGUUGGAAACGUCAGCAAUUGGCAAGCACCAACACUGGUAAAUAGUCUCAUUGGGGAUAGACGUGGAC